AUGUCUAGCGGACGGUCGGAGGGAAGCCGAGACCGGACAGCCGAGGCCCUGGAGCGGAACAGCUGCACGGAUGAUGUCCCUGUCAUCGAGCGCAGGAACCGCAGUGGCAUCAUCAGUGAGCCCCUGAGUAAGAGCCUUAAGAGGUCCCGCACCCUCUCCCAGUACACAGCAGCCUGCCCCACCAGCGCUAAUGGACACGCACACCACAAUAGAGAGGCCAAGAGCCACCCGGCCAAGCCCCAGCCGCCCCCACAGCCCCAGCCCACCGUCUCAGCGCUUGCGGCAGCCAAGCUGGACCGGACCCUGGAGCAGGUCCUGGAGGGACAGAACGGCCUGCUGCACUUUGCCCAGGCGGCGGAGCUGUUAAAGAGGGCUGGGAUGGAGCACAUGCUGCUGCCGGGGGGCAUGGGGAUGGGGAUGGGGAUGGGGGGUAGCGAUUCAGGCUCGGGGGCAAGCGACUUGGAGGGUGCGUCUGCUGUGGACUCUGUUGGCGGUGUUGCGGACUUCCCGUACGGUGUUGGAGGCGGCUUCCCAUUCAACCCGGGGCUGUUCAUCAUGACACCGGCAGGAGUGUUCCUGGCCGACAGCGCGCUGCACAUGGCCGGCCUGGCCGAGUACCCGGCGCAGAGCGAGCUGGCCUCGGCCAUCAACUCCGGCAAAAAGAAGCGGAAACGCUGCGGCAUGUGCCCGCCCUGCCGCCGGCGGAUUAACUGCGAGACGUGCAGCAGCUGCCGGAACCGCAAAACGGGCCACCAGAUCUGCAAGUUCCGCAAAUGUGAGGAGCUGAAAAAGAAGCCGUCUGCCGCUCUGGAGGUAAGAGCUCAGUGGGGAGUUAGAGCUAGAGAUGACAUAGAGCGUCAUAGAGCGUCAUAGAGGGGUCAGGGAGGAUGGGACAUACACAAAAAGAUGCUAUCUAGAACCUAAAAGGGUUCUUCGGCUGUCCCCAUAGGAGCCCUUUGAAGAACAAUUUUUUGGUUCCAGGUAGAACCCUUUCCACAGAGGGUUCUAUAUGGAACCCAAAAGGGUUCUACAUGGAACCAAAAAGGGUUCUCCUUGGAACCAAAAAAGUGUUCUCCCAUGGGGACAGCCGAAGAAACCUUUUGGAACCCUUUUUUCUAAGAGUGUAGGGACGGAAAGAGUGUUUGGAGCUUACUAUAACCACACACACUUACAACUCAACUUUAUGUGUGGAUGUAUAGUGUGACACUGCUCUGAUUUCUUUGCACAGUGUGGCUAGAGCUCCAAAGUGAAGGGUUAAGGAGAAGGGUGUGGAGCGACUUUUUGAUGGGGCGAGGCUUUGAGCAGGACAGGGGAAUAACAGUUGGUGAGGAGGGGGAAGGUGUGUGUGUGGGUGGGGGGGGGGGGGGGGGGGGGUAGACAUGCCCCAUGGGGUCUCUUUAAUCUGUCCUCCACACGCACUGAACGAACCCCUCUCCACACCCACCAUGAUGCACAGCUCUCAUUUUACGGCCUCACAAAACAGGUAGAUUGUGCUUUCUCAAUUGGGGGUCAUUGCAUGUUCCGUUAACACAAAUGUGUGUGUGAUGUGUUGUGUGAUAUGUUGCUAAAUUAGUGUGGCCUUGUGAGUAUGUGUGUAAGGAAGAAUGAGGGGAUAGAGAGAGAGAGGGUGUGUAACCAUUAUGCCAGAGUGUGUGAUGGGCUUUUUAGGAGUGUAAGAGUUUGUGUAGAUGUUUGACAGAGACCAUGUGUGCGGCAGUGCGUAAUAUUGUGUUUGUGUUUGUGUGUAUAUGUUUUGGAUGGGUAGUAUGUGUGGCAGAGCAUAUGCGUGUGUGUGUGUGCGUGCGUGUGUGUGUGACAUGGUCCAUCUGGCCAUGGGGUUGUCAUCUGGAGCACCAGGUGUCAGUGUGGCACAGGCGCCCCCCUCUCGACCGAUCUCUCGCUCUUCUGUGGCACGCCCGUUUUGGCUAAAUUGCCUCGAAACUUCUCAUCUGGGUCACCUCAGUGGCGCUGGGCCCAAACUCAAAUCAGUGUUGUCCUUUUGUGACCUCAGUGAAGUUCAUGUGGCAUAUCAGAUCCUGUUUUUAGAGCACCUUAUUUGACAAUUACAUUCAUGAUGUCAGUACUGUACAAAAGCUCCGAUAAACAUGCCAUGACAAAUGACAUAACAUCCCUGACAAUAUUUUGGUAUAUUACCUCAAUUGUCAUGAUGACAUUAUGCAGUAUUUAAUUACCGUUAAGAGGGGUAAAUCAAUUGAUCUCCGUUAAUUAUACAAAAGAGGUGAGCAUCACAUAAAAAAGUGUAGGAUUCAUUUGUGGUUCCUUUUUAAGAUGUAAAUACAAUGAUGAUGUCUUUAGGUUCUGCUGCUUGAGCAUCAACAUUUCUUCUCUUUCGGCGUCCUGUUUUCCAAUAGUGACGCAGACGGUAUCUUACACAGAUACUGUAUAUGUGCUAUACUAGUAAACAAUAGUGUAAUGAUCAUAACAAGUGGGCUCUCUAACAAUUUAUGUUACAGUCUGAAGAAUACAGUGAUCCUGAAUAUCCCCUAUUGUUAUGAAUAUACUACAACACUUACAGUUGAAGUCGGAAGUUUACAUACACUUAGGUUGGAGUCAUUAAAACUCGUUUUUCAACCACUCCACAAAUGUCUUGUUAAAAAACUAUAGUUUUGGCAAGUCGGUUAGGACAUCUACUUUGUGCAUGACACAAGUCAUUUUUCCAACAAUUGUUUACAGACAGAUUAUUUCACUUAUAAUUCACUGUAUCACAAUUCCAGUGGGUCAGAAGUUUACAUACACUAAGUUGACUGUGCCUUUAAACAGCUUGAAAGAUUCCAGAAAAGGAUGUCAUGGCUUUAGAAGCUUCUAAUGGGCUAAUUGACAUCAUUUGAGUCAAUUCGAGGUGUACCUGUGGAUGUAUUUCAAGGCCUACCUUCAAUCUCCGUGCCUCUUUGCUUGACAUCAUGGGAAAAUCAAAAGAAAUCAGCCAAGACCUCAGAAAAUCUUUUGUAGACCUCCACAUGUCUGGUUCAUCCUUGGGAGCAAUUUCCAAACGCCUGAAGGUACCACGUUCAUCUGUACAAACAAUAGUACGCAAGUUUAAACACCAUGGGACCCCGCAGCCAUCAUACCGCUCAGGAAGGAGACGCGUUCUGGCCAUAAUGACCAUUGUUAUGUUUGGAGGAAAAAGGGGGCUGCUUGCAAGCCGAAGAACACCAUCCCAACCGUGAAGCAGGGGGGUGGCAGCAUCAUGCUGUGGGGGUGCUUUGCUGCAGGAGGGACUGGUGCACUUCACAAAAUAGAUGGCAUCAUGAGGAAGGAAAAUUAUGUGGAUAUAUUGAAGCACCAUCUCAAGACAUUAGUCAGGAAGUUAAAGUUUGGUCGCAAAUGGGUCUUCCAAAUGGACCCCAAGCAUACUUCCAAAGUUGUGGCAAAAUGGCUUAAGGACAACAAAGUCAAGGUAUUGGAGUGGCCAUCACAAAGCCCUGACCUCAAUCCUAUAGAAAAUUUGUGGGCAGAACUGAAAAAGCUUGUGCAAGCAAGGAGGCCUACAAACCUGACUCAGUUACACCAGCUCUGUCAGGAGGAAUGGGCCAAAAUUCACCCAACUUAUUGUGGGAAGCUUGUGGAAGGCUACGCUUGUGGAAGGCUAAGUUUGACCCAAGUUAAAACAUUUAAAGGCAAUGCUACCAAAUACUAAUUGAGUGUAUGUAAACUUCUGACCCACUGGGAAUGUGAUGAAAUAAAUAAAAGCUGAAAUAAAUCAUUCUCUCUACUAUUAUUCUGACAUUUCACAUUCUUAAAAUAAAGUGGUGAUCCUAAUUCUUACUAGGAUUAAAUGUCAGGAAUUGUGAAAAACUGAGUUUAACUGUAUUUGGCUAAGGUGUAUGUAAACUUCCGACUUCAACUGUAUGUUCAUGAGACAGUGGGUGAUCAUUGUGUGUAAUCUGGUUGUGUAGAGUUGUGCUCCAAGCAGACAUGCAUCAACUCUGAUUAAUCAGGGCUUGACCUGCAUGUUCACUGAUCGUCACUUUUGUGAUCAACACAGGAUUCCAUUUCAGAUGUCAAAUCAUAUGGUUUCACUGUGAACAAUCCUAACCUUACUCUGAAAGCGUUCUCUUAAGUAAUCAGAUGCUUGUGAAUGUGUGUUGGUAAUAGGACUUCCUGUAUGUUAUUGAUUUAUAGUAUGCUAUCAAUGGUCACAUGGUAGCAAUGACCACCAAUUGUUCACAGUAUCAGAUCAACAACAAGUGAUUGAAUAUUCAUGACUGCAGCCUUUACUAUGAAGUAAAUGUCUGCGUUUGAUCUCCUAAACCACAAGAUAGAAUCACACAAACUAAUCUUAGUUUCCCAUUGAUUGAUGUCACAUAGUUUUAGGAUUUUAUGCUGCUAAUAAAAUCAGAUUGUUUGUCGUUGUGUUUUCCACACGCAGCACAUCAGCAGUUUAGCCAUAGCAGGGGACUUGAUGUGAUAUGAACGGGACAAAUACGUACAUCUGUUUAGCAUUUCCAUUUGGAAUACCUUAGCUUGAAAUUAACUGUUGACCUCUCCUUCAGAUUGGGUUAGUUCUUCUCUCUGUCUAAAAUGGUGUGCCUGAUCUAAACUGGCCAUUAGCAGGCCAAUGCUGGCUAGAACUGUUCUGUGUUAUGGCCAGCCUUGGUCCACAGGCCAGUAGGUCAGAGUAGACUCGCACAGUCAGUCAGUAGGUCAGACAGAGUGAUGUCAUCAUAGUACUGAAGGUCAAAGGUGAGAAUAAUGGCACAAAACAUAUUUUGUACAAUAACACGUCUGAUAUUUGGCCCCAGUAUCCUACUCUGAUCUUCCAGAUUUGUGUGUUUAUAAUUUAUUAGGGCUUGUCUGAGAGGACUGCCAUUCAUGUUGUCAAUGGAGGGUGUUCUUUCAGGCUUUACAGUAGAUUACACUGCUUGUACUAUCAAUCUAUAUUUCCCUAUCAAGUAUCAUCACACUGUAAACAGUACAGAUAGCAUUAUCUAGGUUACUCUGUUUUAUGUUCUGUUAACUGGGGAAUUAUGGAAUGGUUAAAAAUAUUGCCGAACCCACUCAUUACUCUUGGUCACUGAGGUUAGGACAUGUUCAGGGACACCUGGGCAGCACCUGGGACAAAAUGGAGGGCCAUGGUCAUCCUGUCCGGCUCGUAAGAAGCAUGCCACAGACAGUCAUCUGCUGUUAUCUUCAGCUGGAGUGUAGUGGAAACAGCCCUAGAGUGUCACAUCUCACAUGCACACAGCCCUCUGUCUAACGGGGAUGCUAAUGGAGGGUAUCACUUAGCGAGGCUGCAUAGACCCGUUAGCCAUAGUGCUUAUAGUGUGUGUGUGUGUUUCUGUGUGUGUGUGAGUGAGUGCGUGUGUUUGUGUGUGUGUAUUUGGUUGUAAAGAUGUAAAGAUGUGUCGUGGUUCAAUAAGUAUUUUAAUGCUUGGUUUGUUUUGACCUCUUCAGAAGCCCGAAAUCUGUGAAAAACAGGUUGUUUUUGUGUUUUGUAUACAUUUUUUCAGAGACCUCAACUGAUAUCAAUGCUUUUGAUAACAUAUUUAUAAUUCCUUUAUAACAAAUUUGCACCAGAUUUAUUACAGGUUUUAAUUGUUGUCUUGUUUUUGAUACAUGUGAGUGGACAUUGGUAGAAGUUUAUAGAUGUGGUCUGUGUAUGUGAGAAUAGAAAGAGAGGCCGGUGGCUCUGUGCUUUGAGGGUGUUGAAGGUUUCCGUUGAAACCUCAUGGCAGAUUAAAGAUGGCCGUAAAAACAAAGUUAGGGGGAGGUAGCGUGCCGAAGCCCUUGCCACCUCACACCUCGCUGGCUGGAGUUGUCUGGAUGUAUUUUGGGAACGCUACGUUUGAACAGAAAUAAAUGGAGCCCAGGAGAAAUAGGCUCUUUCUGCUGCAUGCUGAGUUCUCACCAGCAGGCUCAGUCUCACUGUUGCUAUUUUCUGUCGAGGUGAGAAAAGUAUAGGUUUUAUGUCAAGAUAUGUGUUUAUAUUGUGUAGUCAUUUUAAUGCUAGUGUGUUUCUGUACUCUGGUCUAUUGUUUGGAUUUGUUUGUCAGGGUCACUUGGGGCCUGGGUAAUUGUUUUGGUUUUUGUGAAUGUUUGAUUGAGUGUAUAUAUCACUGUUUGAUGAACAUUCUGUUAUGUCUGCGUGUUUACCAAUAACUGUGUGUCUGUGUUGGUGUGUUUCAAGUAUCAUAGUCAGAUGACAGAUCAAGCCGACCCACUACAGGCAUUAGAUGUGUGGUGACAUGGCCAGUUUGAGGCAUGCAGACACUGAGCCAGAGAGUUUUCACUGAGUGGUGUGACCCCCCUCCGUCCUCUCAGAAACCAAACUGGGAGAGCAGACUGACACAGAGACACACAGGCAUGCAGACUGACACAGAGACACACAGGCAUGCAGACUGACACAGAGACACACAGGCAUGCAGACUGACAUAGAGACACACAGGCAUGCAGACUGACAUUGAGACACACAGAUCAGUAGACACAUUGCCAGCCAGACACAGAAACUACUAGGAGUAGGACAGACAGGUACGGACAGACAGACAGACAUACUUGCAGACAGACAUCUAAACCCACAUACAGCAGGGGAGUCAUUAACUCCCAUAGCCUACCUACGAGAGGGGAGAGAUGACAUCACGGUCUAAAACUGCCUGAGGUCACUCAGCAUCAAGGGUCAGGGUGAAAGGGCUCUUGUGACAAGUGGACCUGGGGCUGUCCAGUGGGAAGUGAUUGAUGGGAGUGUUUAGCCUAAUGCUCUGCUCUAAAGAGAAUGUUCCCCUAUGGGCAGGUCCUGGAUCAUCUGUCCCCACCACAGUCAAACUGUGCCAGGACAAAUAAGAUAACAAAUCUGAUACUGGAGCCAUUUCAGAGUAUGACCUGUUCUGCUAGCCAAUUCUCUCAGUAUGUAUGCUAGAGCAAGGCUAGCAGGCACCUUGGUGGGGGAAAGCAUAGGCUAUAUGCAGUGUCCAUUGAGGAAAGUAGCAGUAACAUAUUCAUAGUUAAAUCAAUAAACAGAGAUUAAGAUGCUGGACAGUGAAAUGGACGCCUGGAAUGGAUUGUGACCUUGGGAGCCCCCUCUCCCUUGGCCAGACAUGACAAACAACCGUGUUUAUGCAGAGUGGAGGUCACAGGUGUUGGCUCAGAGUUUUUUCCUUUUUAAAUGCACUGGUUCCCAGUGAAAAAGGCCUUGAGGUUAGCAUCUAUGUGCAUGUGUGUCAUAGGUGAAAGGUCAUUAGUGAGGUACUUAUGGCCCUUGCACCAUCUUGACCUCCUUGCUUCUUUAGUGUCCAACAUUUAUGGAAUUUUGCUCUGGUUGUAAAUAUUCCAAAGUUAAAAUGACAUUUUCAGAAUUUCUCUGUGUGUGUGUUUAUGUGUGAAUAGUGUGUAUGCUGUCUGUGUGUAUGACUGACAGGUGAGCAAUUGCAACUGUCUAUCUAUCUGUAGAAUCUGUAUGUCAUUUAGAUUAUGUCUGAAUCAUGUGUUUUUUGUGUGGUUGUGAUUUGUGUCUGGGUGACGAUUUUGGUUCUGGGUGUGUAUAUGAGUAAGGGUGAGAGUGUGUUUGAGGGAUUGUCAGUUAAUGUGCCUGUGGGUGUGGAGAUGUGUGACUACAUGUUAAUGUGUGUGAGUGGAGGUGUGUAUGUGUGAGUGUGUGUGAAGGACAGUGCUUGACUUGGGCAGGAGCUCACUGGAGCUGAGUACCAGCACCUCAUAUUUUCUACUGCUUGAGCUCCUGUUCCUCUUAUAGAAUAUUAGCUCCAAAUUAUUGUGGAGCUCCUGCACCUAAAUAUAAACGGUACCGGCACCCAAAUUGAGUACUGGCACCUAUUUCAGUCCAAGUCAAGCACUGGUGAGGGAAUGAGUGCGUGUGGGUGCGUAAGUGUUUGUCGAGCUACUUCUGACUGGCAGUCCUAGCUAACGUGAGAUUCUGUGCCGCAGUAGAGUUGUGCUUUUCAGAACGCUAGCCGUGCUGCAGCUCUGGGGACUGAGCCGAGCCUGAGCCCCAGUGGUCCUCUGUCUUAUGACUAGCAGGCGACCACUCAACCCCUGCAGCUGCAUGCAUUGGUGCCUGCCCUGCCUAGUGCAAUGCAAUCAGAGCUAGAGAUCCCACACUGAGAGGGGAGUGAGGGAGGAACAGAGAGAGCAGUGUCACCCGUGAGAGCGGUGUGGUGUGAUGGGAUAUGGACGUGACUGCAUGGUGACUAAAUAAUAAAUGUGCCAUAUCGAGUUUCGCGUGGAGCCAAGGCCAUUGCCCAUGGCUGAUGAGGGUGGAGGGUGGGGUGUGGGCCGGAAGGCCAGAGAGAGGUGAGGGAGGAGGGAAGGGCUGGGGAUAUGUCUGUGUGGGACUUAGUGAUUUCACUGAUAGAGUCUGGGCAGGGGGGGGAAAGGUGGAGCAGAAGAGAGGAGUGGGCAGAUAGGGAGGGAGGGAGGGAGGGAGGGAGGGUUAUGGUGUCCGUAAAUGUUUUUGAUGUGGAGAUUUGAUGAGCAUGUUGUUGUCUGAAUCUAUUCAAUCAUUAGUCUGGGGGAGAAAAAUGUCCACAGAGAGAGAGAGAAUGAAAGAGAGAGAGAAUACAAACUGCAGAUGUUGCUGUUUAGAAUGGGUCUAGGGAUGUAUUGUCUUCUUCAAGCUGUAUCUACUAACCCUCUCCUUGUCUCUUCUCUCUCUUUGUUUUUUGUUUCUCUAAGAAGGUGAUGCUUCCUACAGGAGCAGCAUUCCGAUGGUUCCAGUAAGACUCUGACCCUCCUCCACCCUUACCCCUACCUACCCAAACCCAAAGCUCUGCGAUCAAGUGCAAUGCCAACUCUCGCUUGGAUUGUCUCAGCACGGACACUGGCUGACAAGCAAACAAACAAACAACAAAAAUAUACAAAAAAACAAAUCAGAAAUUAUACAAAAUAAUCAAUUGAGUAAUGGAUGCACCUGCUUAUUCCUUGAACCAAAAAUUUAACAUAAAGAAAAAAAUCUAUGGCAACUUUCAUUCCCUUUUAUAUGUUUCCAUUUUGGUACCUUUUGUCCUUUUCCAGCAGGUUUUUUCUGUCGCUUAGACAUGGAACUGUUCAUUGCCAAACAGAAAUGACGGACUGAGUGUGGACAAUCAACUAAUUUCUGUGUUUGGUGUUAAUGUUGUUCACGUGUGGAAAGAUACAGUACUUGUGUAGAGAAUGUACAUUUACGGCUAUAUUUUAAAACUAGUGGCUAAUGGCAAGCACUAUUGUAAUUUAGCACCAUUGUUCUUACUUAAACUCUUGUCUAUUUUAUGAUUUGUUUUGUUUUAAGAAUAUAGUUUUGAAACGGAACAAUGGUUGUCUUUUAAAAGAAAAAGGAAAUGUUUCAAAAUGUAAAAAUACAGAUUUCUGAUUGAAAUGAUAAAGCAACUCUCAUCCCAUCGGGCAGAAGUCCAGGGGACUCUUUAGCACGAUGAUGCUAUCCUCCAGAGAACUCACUGGAAUCUCCCCAAUCUCCCCAACCAACCAACCAACCGUGUUUUCC